AUGGUCAGGGCACUCAAUUACCUUGAGUUACUGGGUAUUAACCGACGCUAUCAGUUCGCCGAGGAGAGCCGUGUUUUCCUGCGCCCGACUCGCGCCGGCUUACGCGUCGUCCAGUGUUACAUCACAUACCAAGUAAGAAUCGGUAUUUCUGGAGCAAUUUUUUUCAACUUUUUCAUUUGAAAUGGUGAAUUGAGACUUAGAGAACAAGGAAUUGAUAUAAAUUGGUACAGACGGUCAAGAGAAUCUUUUAAAAAAAGCCGACUUUAUUUGAAACACCAGUCUCUCUCUGCGUCUCUUCUCGUUCUGUUACCCUCUCACUUGGAGAAAACAAAGUGACCGCACUUUACAAUAAAAAAUCUUACUCUGAUUUUACUUUUUGCUCAUCCGGUGAACCCCGGGCGAGCUAUCCAAAAAUUGUCACUAACACAUUCCGAAAAAUGGUCAGAGCACGCAAUUACCUUGAGUAACUGGGUAUAAACCAACGCUAUCAAUCCGCCGUGGCACCCCCUCUUUUCGUGCGCCUGACUCGCACCGGCCUGCGCGCGUAGGCAGGCUAAAGUGUGGGCGAAAACUUUUAAGAGCGAUUUUCUUACUUUUCAUAGCGAUUUCCACUUUUAUUCGCCUCGAAGAAAUUCGGAAUAUUUUUAAAACAUUAAUAGGCAUGAUAUUCAACAAAAGUUUGAACUGGUUUUACUGAAUUAUUUUCUUUUCAAAUGAAUUAAUUUUUUUCCUUUUUAUUUGUGUGUUCCAGCUUCAACCAGUUUCAUAUUAUUUCAAAAUUUUAAAAAUUUUUGCUUUUUUAUUUUCCUUGAAACAUGUUCUUGAAUACUCUGACACGUGUCUAUAAGAAAAUUGCUCCAUUUUCAUAUCCCUAUGUUGCGAAAGGUGAACUUUGAACCAAAUUUAAUUAUUUCGAAGAAGUUCACAAUGCUCGAAAUUUAUUGACUCAAAUCUUUCAAUUUCAAACACGAAAUUUGUCAAAAAGUUUCGAAACACCAGCCUCUGCGUUUCUUCUCGUUUUUUUACUCUCUCACUUGAAGAAAACAAAGUGACCGCACUUUACCAACAUCUAUCUCACUCUGAUUUUACUUUUCGCUCAUCCGGAGAACCCCGGUCGAGCUAUCCAAAAAUUGUCACUAACACAUUCCGAAAAAUGGUCAGAGCACGCAAUUACCUUGAGUAACUGGGUAUAAACCAACGCUAUCAAUUCGCCGUGGCAGCCCCUCUUUUCGUGCGCCUGACUCGCAGCGGCUUGCGCGCGUUGGUACAAUAACGUGUGAGGGAGGCAUUUCGCGGCAGUUUUUCCUCGUUUGUUUUCGUUUUUUCUCGCAUAAUCCUAGUUCCAGUACAGUUUGUAAGAGAGUGGAGACUUCUAGAACCUUUUUUCCAUAGGAUACUCUGAAAUUUUCUAGCAGAAACUUAUUUUUUUAUUAUUUCUUCUGCUAUCGCUCAACAAAAGCUGAAGAUCCACCCUUUUUGCUUAGAAAAACUCUUUUAAUUCCUAAAAUACAGGGCUUGUUCCAACUUUUUCGGGUUUCACUUUUCAAAAUGUUCUCAACAGUAGGUCAAGGCCGCCGCGGAGGACCUCUCUGUCCAUUUUUGGUCCAGAAUCGAUUUUAUUCCUAUUUAUCUCACUUCUGAAGCUUUUUCCAAUUACUACAGCUGUGAUAUGAACUCAAUAAUCUGUAUAAUUAAUCUAUUGAUCCUUAUUUUUCAUCAAACGUCUGCAGGUUAUUCUUAUUCAUAAUUCAAUAUGUUGAGAUUCGAAUUGAGAAAAAACAUAGAGUCCUAGAAAAACAACCAGAAAUAUCCAAUCUAGAAUACAAUCACCAUUCUUUGAAAUAUUCCGAUGAAAUUUCAAAAUGUAAAGAUGCUAACUUUACUGUUUCUCUCGUUUUUGAUAAAUUUCAAGAAGGUUUAUUUUUCAUUAAGUCAAGAUAUCCAAAUAUAGCACUAAAAAUAGAGUUUUAACAUUUUCAAAAUGCGGAAAAAAUUGCAGUGACGCCAUUUUUGGGAGGGGUUCCAGUACCCGGAAGGACUGUUCCGAUUCUACGGCUUUUCGAGAAUUAUGCCUCGUCUUGUAGACCGAAGGAGAAGAAAGACUUCAGUAUGGACCAGUUGGCUCAGGUUCAAAAUUAUUAUUUAUUGAAAAAAAUUAUACCAGUCGGUUUCCGACAAAAUGGUGCUAUGCAAAAAAGGUCGCUUGUAAUAUGAAGAAAAUGCGCUCCAAGGCGAAUUAUUUCUACUGGGAAAAUUCUUAGUGGCCACUAUAGGGUUUUGAAGUUUCAGUGGCCGCUAUAGUAGUCGAAAUAGGGGCCACUCAAGGUUUUAAAAUUAGUGGCCACUAUAGAGGUUUAAGUGCUACUGGUCCAAUCUGUUUGAUUUAAAAUUAUCAGAAAUACUGGAAGGAAUACUGGAUGAAAAACUACUGAAGUGGACACUAAAACGGAAAAUAGUGGUCACUAUAGAGGUGGGUUUAGUGGCCCCUUUAGUGUAAUUUCCAAGUACUUCUUGUCGAGCCUCUAUAGUGACCACUUAAAUUUUUCCCAGUGAUUUCAAAAUAUUUUUCGGCUUAUUAUUCAUAACAACUGCGCUCCAACGAACAAACACCCAAAGUUUUGCACUACGGGUCUUAUUUCUAUUGACAGAAAAGCUCAUUUAAAAAAAGGCUUCAAAAAUCCAGAAACUGCGCUCCAUUCAAAAACUAUCCAAUUUUUCAAUUUUCGACUCAAAAUUCUAUUCAACCUGACGCUACCUUAAUUUUGGAUAUAUUUAGGCUCUUAAUUCAUGGAAACUAUGCUCUAUGGAUAAAUUACUUCAAACUCUCCUUUUUCGACUUUUAAUUCUCCGAAAUUCUACUUUUUGGUGUCAGCUUAUAUUGAAAAUGAGCCACUACAGACAAACCACCUAAAUUUUCCCAUUUUUGGCUCCUAGGGCUAUUUUAAAAAUCAAAGCGUGCUCCAUUGUGAAAUUCCAGCUAGUGCAAUCUCUGCAAAUGGACGAAGUUGCCCAUAAAGUUUACCAUUCUUUAUUUUUUGCCAUGGCCGAUAUGCAGAUCCAGAAGUUCAUGGGCAAAUGGUAUACGGUAAGAUUUUUUUAUUCUUACAAAAAGCAUUAUUAAUUAUAUUUUUCAGGUAGUGGAUUCCAAAAGGAUACAUGCAGAGGAUUGCGGGGUUUUUCAAUGUAAGAGGUUUUUUUAAAAAUUGGUGUUUUGGUCGCAUUUGGAAUGGCUUUUUUUGUUUUGUUUUUUUUGAAUAAUAAUUACAAAUGAGGCUUAGAAUUUCUGAAGAUAGACUUUCAUUCACGCUAAAGACUGGAGGGUCCCGUUUAACUUCUUUUGAGACUUUUUUGGUCGCAUUUGGAAUGGCUCUAUCGUUUAUAAAAUCCUUCCAAAGCUUCAAAACCCCUCAAAAGUUUUCAUGAAUGAACUAUAAAAUUCCAGUCGAGCUCCUAAUGCAAACCGAGUUCACGGCGACGUUUUCUUCAAGACUGAACGCCGUCCAAAAUGGCGAGGACAUCUCCUACGAGGGCUACGGGACGAUGGUCGGGCCCGAUCCCGGAGAAGUCCUUCUGACCACCGGACAUCCCAAUGAUCAAUGUCCAUGUGAGUCAAGUUGAUACUUUAUUUGGUUGGCCGCAUUUGGAAUGGGUCGAUUUUUUGCUCUCAAAUUGUUCAGCCUGAUUUCAAAAGACUCCAAAUGCGGCCAUGGGAACCUAAUUUCCAGCUAAAAAGUCUAUGAACGCUUCUCCUUAGGUAUCACUGAUUACUGUGGUCGCAUUUGGAAUGGCAAGACGCGCGGGGCGGCAAGGUUGAGCCAUUCCAAAUGCGGCCAUGGGAACCUAAUUUCCAGCUAUAAAGUCUAUGAAAGCUUCUUUCUAGGUAUCACUAUAUACAGUGGUCGCAUUUGGAAUGGCUUGACGCGCGGGGCGGGUGAGCCAUUCCAAAUGCGACCAUAAGAUCCUAUGUUUCGAGAAAAGAGUCCAUAAUAAUUAUUUUGCAAGCAUCACUGAGUACAGUGGUCGCAUUUAGAAUGGCCUGAAGCGCGGUGCGGGUGAGCCAUUCCAAAUGCGACCAUAAGAUCUAAUGUUUUGAGAAAAGAGUUCAUAGCAAUUAUUUUGCAAGCAUAAAUGAUUACAGUGGUCGCAUUUGGAAUGGCUUGAUCAAACUAGACAUUUUCCCGUCCAAAAGCGACCAUAUGAACUCAAAAAUGAAAAGAAAAAGGUCCAAAGAAGCGAAAAAAGAAGAAAAGCUUCUCAAAAGCUCUAUCAGAUCGAUCUGAAAGCUCGAAAUUUGCACACAACUUGAAAAUUCCAGACUUUCCGGUGAAAUUGGGCGGUUUGAACAAAACCGGCGACUACGAAUACAUGAUUCUGAGUACACCACUGAAAUACCCAACGAUGGUUCUAGCCAGGUGAUUAUUUAAUUGAUUUAAAAAGUUCAAAGUUACUUAGAAAUUACUGAAUGUUCCAUAAUUUUGGACCAACUACUCUCUCCUCUCUGAAAUCUAACCUAAAAAUCGAAAAACUCCAAGAAAAAUCUACAUUCCCCCAUCAAAAAAGCUUCAAAAUUCCUCAAGAACACCUUCCCAGAGCAGUACAUCAAGUACACAGUGGGGUAUACUGAUGGAAUGACGCGAGCGGUCGACAGUGGAGAGAUGGCCGAGCGGUCUAAGGCGCUGGUUUAAGGCACCAGUCUCUUCGGAGGCGUGGGUUCGAAUCCCACUCUCUUCAGUUCUUUUUGCCAUUUUUUUGAAAGUUUGUUUCUGAUACGCUUUGAUUGCUAGGAAGCUGCAAAAAUUGAAAAAAUACUUUUUGAGGUUAAGAAAUGAGAUUUUUCGACUCUUAAAACAGAAACAAAACAUAGCUCCGAGUGAAAAAUAGGAUAAAUGAUGAAAAAAAAGGAUAAAUUGAUUAAAAUAUUCUCAUUCUAUAUAUCUACAAUGAGAGGGUAUGAAAAAAAAGGAGAAAAAUAGACUUUCAAGCUUAAAAGUCGACGAAAUCCAGCACUAAAACGUCGAUAAAAAUCUCAGAAAAAAAAAAUCCAUUUUCAAGAUUUCCCAUUUUCUGACCCCAUCUAAAAGCUCUUCUAAUGGAGGAUCCUUGAUAAACGAGAAAAAUUUCAGAAACGUCGAACGAUUCGAGGCGAAACACAAGAAGGAAGUGUACGAUUUCGUCGAAAAGUACGGAUUUAUGAGUCCCCUGGCGGCUCUCAAUACACGGCUCCACUUCACUGAUAUCCACGCUUGCCAAAGAUCCAACAACUUAUUCCCCUACAGUCACAUUUGA